UGGCUGGAAAGCGCUCUUCCAAAGCCAUACGUAAUGGAUGACGAGGCUUCUGCAAAUGGCGAUCAGCUUCCGACUGUCGGAGAUACUGUAAUUUCCACUGCAAACAGAGCGUACACAGUGGUGUCAGCGAUUGGCGAAGGCAGCUAUGGCACUGUUUUUCUGGCCAGAAGCGAAAAAGACUGGAGGCGGGCCUCGACUCCGUUCCAGCAGUUUUUCCAUAAGUUAGCUUAUAACACAACUGAUCUGGAAAGACGUAGUAUUACUUUCUUUCAGGGCUACGAGAAAGGCAAGUUCACGUUUCUGGUGAUGUCGCUACUCGGGCCCGAUCUCACCAAGCUGCGUAGUCAGCAACCCGGGCGAUACUUCACGCUCCGUUCGUUUUCUCGUAACGUGGCUUGCACUAAUAGCUUUCAACAGAUAUUACUUUGCUCAUCCAUUCACGUGAUGUUUGCAGAAGCAGCUCGGAGUAUCGCGGUACAGACACUGAGUGCCAUUGAGGAACUGCACCAGUGUGGCUUCAUCUCGCGUGAUAUCAAACCUGGCAAUUUCGCGGUUGGCAAUAAUGAGGAUUGCCUGGGCCACAUCAUAUUCAUAUUCGACUUCGGACUUGCAAAACGCUUCCUCGAUCGAUAUUCGCGAGUGAUACCAUCACGAGGUGUAACGGGCUGGCGUGGCACGGUGCGGUAUGCUUCGCUGAAUGCGCAUCGAAAACACGAUUUGUCGAGACGUGACGAUAUGGAAUCCUGGCUGUACAUGAUCAUCGAACUCACCAAAGGCUCCCUGCCAUGGCAACUCAUUACUGGGAUUUUUUUCAUGAUCGGUGAAAAUCUCGAUAGCUUACAUAAUCGUUCAAUUCUCUUUCUUCCAGAUAAAAGCAUAGCCGAGAAAGCAAAGAAAGAAGCAAGAAAUACGGCAAAAGCAACAUUCUUUGAGAAUUGUCCGCACCAGUACGAAAAGAUUUUACGAAUUAUUGACAGGCUGAAGUUUACGGAAACCCCUCCGUACGCAAAAUUUUAUCAAAUCCUCGGAGAGGUGAACCACUGCAAACUCUUUGAUUGUCCUCGGACGCUAAGAACAUGGACUUAUUGUUCCCUUACGGCAAUAAGUUUUUUUGGAGUAACGGUCAUUAAAAUCGAUCUCUUUUUAAUGUAA